CAUAGAGAACUGUUUACUUGACCAUUUAAACUAUUGCGUCUAAGAAUCAAAGAAGGUUAGGAUGUAUAAAACCCUGAUAUGAUUAACUAUAAAUUAUAAAAAAUGUUGACAAAAUGGUUACCCAAUUUUAUUUUGGCGGUUGUCGUCAGAUUUUUAUUGAUGAAUUCUGGAUAUCAAAAAGUCAUUAGCGAACGUGUCGAAGUGUCAACAGCUUUAAAUUCUUGGAAAAGAGUUACCGAAGGAGUUUACCUACACAAUAAUGGUAUAGACCCUUAUUCUGGUGACUUAUUCCAUGAAACUCCAAUUUGUCUUUACGUGUUUGAUAUUAUACAACGACAUUUCCCAUGGUAUAUAUUAUGUCUCCUGUUCGUAGUCACUGAUCUAAUGACAGCUCUGUGCCUUGCUUACGUAGGUAAUAGUUAUGCUAAUAGUCGGCGUUCUAAGAAAGAUGAAGAUAAGACAGAAGAGGUAUCUCAAGAAAAAGAUAAUGAUACUUCUACUAUGGAAAAUGAUGUCGCAUUGUAUGUCUUAAUGGCCUAUCUGUUUAAUCCAUAUAUAAUAUUAAAUUGUGUAGGAUUCACGACUACAGUAUUUAGUAAUCUGUUAAAUUCGAUAGCAUUAGUGGCUAUGGUACGACAUUCCAUUUUCUGGAGUUGUAUUUCUAUAGCUUUAUUAACACUGCAGAAUCUUUAUCCUAUAUCACUGUUAGUACCAAUUGCUAUUUAUAUAUGUAAGGAUAAAUCAACGAGAAGUAUCAAAUCUACCAUUUUCAUUUUAAUAAUUACGUUUGUAUCUAUGUUCACGUUAUUACUCGGUAUUUGUUAUUAUAUCAUGAACAGUUGGUCUUUCCUUUGGAAUAUUUUUGGAUUUAUUUUGUUAGUUCCAGAUUUACGUCCAAAUAUUGGACUUUAUUGGUACUUCCUUACAGAAAUGUUUGAACAUUUUAGAUCACUUUUCAUAGCUUCAUUCCAAAUUAAUGUUAGUUUAUUGUACAUAGUACCAUUAGCUUUAAGAUUACGACAUGAGCCAGUUCUAUUGGCAUUUUCUUAUUUAGCCAUAAUGACUAUAUUUAAGUCCUAUCCCUGUGUUGGGGAUGUUGGAUUUUAUGUAUCUUUGUUGCCGUUUUGGAUGCAUCUGUUUCAACAUAUGCAACAAGGAUUCAUAAUCGGUUGCUUCAUAUUGGUUUGUACUGGUUUUGCACCAAUAGUAUGGCAUCAAUGGAUUUAUGCCAGAUCCGCUAACGCUAACUUUUACUUCGGAGUUACUUUGGCAUUCGCUGUUGCACAAAUAUUCCUCUUAACAGACAUUCUUUUUGCAAGUGUUAAACAUGAAUUUGCAUCGCGAAAUAAUAUUAACAAAGAUAUAAGUGGAAGUAAAGCGAAGUUGCUUUUAGAGUGACUUUUAAUUAAUUACAUGUUAUAUAAUAUAAAUAAGUAUUCUUUAUCACAUAUUGAGUACUGCCAAAAUGCAUUGUUUUAUAAAUAAAUUAUUA